GGUAACAGAUAACAACCCAACACCAAACCAUCUUUUACUCUAUAGUUUAAAACCUUUCUCGCCAUUUAAAGCAUUUACUCUACUCUCUCCAUACAUAACACAGAAUAACAGAGAGAGAGAGAGAGAGAGAUGGUGAACCUUGUAGCAGCUCAAAAGCCCGUAUUGCAAGGGCUAAUGAAAAUGGCUGGUGUGAAACCACAUGCACUAGAGGUUGAGCAAGGCACAGUAAUGAACUUCUGGGUGCCAGUUGAAACCGUUGAGAAAGCAAAAAAAGGUCAAAAAAUAAACAAGACCCAGGUUUCGUUAUCUAAACCAAACAAACCUGUUGUAGUUUUAAUCCACGGUUUCGCAGCUGAAGGUAUUGUUACAUGGCAAUUUCAAGUUGGUGCUUUGACAAAAAAAUACUCUGUUUAUGUCCCUGACCUUCUAUUCUUUGGUGGGUCCAUCACCGAUAAAACGGACCGGUCACCGAAGUUUCAAGCAGAAACAUUGGUGAAGGGUUUAAGGAAGUUAGGAGUGGAGAAAUGUACAGUGGUGGGUUUUAGCUAUGGAGGGAUGGUAGCAUUUAAGAUGGCUGAGUUGUAUCCUGAGUUCGUAGAAGCCAUGGUUGUUUCUGGGUCCAUCUUGGCUAUGACGGACUCGAUCAGUGAAGCAACACUAAGUGGGCUUGGGUUCAAAUCUUCCUCAGAGCUUUUGUUGCCUAAUUCUGUUAAAGGUCUUAAAGCACUACUUAAAGUUGCUGCUCACAAGAAACUCUGGUUCCCUGAUCGCCUUCAUAAAGACUUUCUUGAGGUCAUGUUUACCAACAGAAAAGAAAGAGCUGAACUUCUAGAUGGAUUAGUCAUCAGCAACAAAGACACCACCAUCCCUACAUUCCAACAGAGAAUACAUUUGCUGUGGGGUGAAAAUGAUCAAAUCUUCAAGUUGGAACUUGCACAGAACAUGAAAGAGCAAUUGGGUGAGAAUGCAACAGUGGAGGGCAUAAAGAAGGCAGGUCACUUGGUUCACCUGGAACGACCCUGCGUUUACAAUCGCCUUCUCAAGCAAUUCCUCAAGUCUCCACACGAUGGAAACUGACAUUCUGAUUUGCAAUAUCUUUCAGUCUACCCACCUCAUAUAAUGUUACUGCUUUAUGCAUAAUUUAUUUUUCUUGCCAUCCAUUGCUGAAAGCAAAAUAUUAAGGUCUAUAUAAAUAAAUUCUACCACAUUUUGAGAAA